CGCCUCCCGGGAAGCGCGGGCACGGCCCCGCCGCCGCCGCCGCCCGCGGGUGAACGCGUCCCGCGCCCGCGGCCCCGCGCGCCGCGCCAGAUUCCCUCUUGCAGUCCGGGGGUGCUCCUGCACCCCUGCAGACACUUCCCUGCCAACACCCUGUGACGGCCCCGGGACCUGCUGCCUCCCUGCCACCAGCUGGAGAGGAGAAGCCAGCGGGGACUGCCGGGAAGGUGAACUAAAUCCCCCAUCCAUGGCAGGGAACAACUGCCCGAGGCUACCGGAGAGCAGCCAGUGCCCGGAGCCUACACCUGUCCCUUGUCCCCACACCAUCCACGCCACUGCCCUGGAGGCUCCCGGUGAGCCCCAGCCAUGUAGGCACAGCCUGGGGCUCCAAUGAUGGCCACCAUCAACAUGCAGCAGGGCUACGCUGCCAUCCUAUGUGUCCUGGCUGUGCUGGGGCUGGAGGCCGCGGCGCCGGGCGAAUGCGAGCUCACCCGCCUGCUCCAGGACAAGCUGCAGUAUGAGAUGCGCCUGCAGUACAUGCCCCCGUGCUCUUCCCUGCCUUUCCAGAAACAUUACUUUCCCAUCGACUACACAGUCCAGGUCCAGUAUGAAGAGGUGCUGAGGCCGUCCAACAUCACCCGCCUGCGCAACGGGACGGUGUCGGAGGCAGCACUGCGGUACCUCUGGUUCCAUGUCAGCUCCCAGGCCGUGCUGCGGAUCCGUGAGGUGCUGCCAGAGAAGCACCCAUCCCGGAAGUACACCCAGGAACUCUGCCAGCUCUUUGAUGCCCUGGGCAAGGAGUACAGCAAGUAUCGGCAGACAGACGUGGAAACUGUGGUGGCCGAUCUGGUGAAGCUGAUCCACAGCGCGGGCGCUGAGAGCCGGAGCAAGGCUGUGCGCCCCAAGGCACUGCUGGACAACUGCCUCAAGGUCAUGAGGAUGCUCUACGGGGUGCCCUGUCGGUGGGAAUCCACCUAACACUGUGGAAGACUCCUCACUCCCCCCUCACUGGACACCUCCUUGCCCUGGAGCCUUGGAUGCUGCCUCUGCUCUGCUCCUCCCAGAGCCCCAUGUGGAUUCCCAAGGAAGCUGCAAAGGUUGGACAAAUGCCACUCCUUCCAGGACCAAACACAACCCUUUCCAGAGCUGUGGGACUGUUAAUGGCUGAUCUUGUCCAUCCGAAAUGUCUGCCACUCUUUGCAUGGGUGUGGGGUCAGAAACAGCCCCCUGUGGCAGGCAGCUGUUGUGGGGACAUACAGCUCUCCCUGCCCACAGGGCAGGUGAGGGCAUCACCUUGUUUCUCUCCAUUUGUAUUUUUUCCUCAGCUUUGAUUAAACAUCAGUUAAUUCUGUAGCAUUGCAGCUCAGCUUCUGACUGGGUCCUGGGAGCCUCCAGCCUUACCCAAAAUAAAGGACCAGCAAAGAGAA